UCUCCAAGCACGCAUCACAAAUCUGCAACUGGAUUCAUAGCUCUCCCAAGCAAAGGAGAAGAUGAAUUGCAACUGAUCGUACAAUCUCUUCAGCCACAAGUGUGAAGUGUUUGUCUGACAAUGAACAACAUCCGCUAGUAUUUUCGAACGCUCAUCAUGGCCGCUCAACGAACAUGCAUCCUACGCUCAUUUCCACUUUCAGGCGCUCAGCGGUCGGCCCGACUACAUCAAGCCCCCAUCGCAUUAGCUCGCGUGCUGAGGCAUUGCCAACGUCACAAUAGCACCAACCCUGAUUCACAAGGACCCAUAAGCCAAGCCAUCGUGCCCGACCAACAACCUCUCGAAACCUCCCAUCUCAAUCCUCUACCGGACGAUUACUCUCGGUUUAUAUUCCAAGAUAAGUGUCGCUCGACGAUAUGGUCAGGCUCAGGCGGAGAUGGGUGCGUCUCGUUUCUUCGCGAAAAGUAUGUCGAGGAAGGCCCACCGAACGGUGGCGACGGCGGCAGCGGUGGAAGCAUCUACAUCCAGGCCGUUGAAGGCCUGACCAGCUUACACAAGCUCGCCCGGAGAGGUGUCAUCAAGGCGGGACGAGGCAAAAACGGACAGGGAAAGAGCAAGGGCGGCAAGCGCGGCGAAGAUGUACUCCUCCAGGUUCCUGUUGGUACGGUCGUACGCGAAGUCGAUCGGUACGACCCGGUCGCGGAGGAGGAACUACGUCAGCGACACGAACGCAUGAAGGGCUCUGAAGAAGCGGAGGAGAUGGAAGAGCAGGAGUUCGGCAUAACAUCGAUUCGCCGCGAUCGUUGGGUUUUGUACCCCGGAGCCAAUCCGUCCGAUUAUUUGACUACGGUAUUUCCGAAAAGUCCGCCGCGGCGGCAGCACAUCGCGUCCUUGGAGCCCAAACAGCCCAUCAGUCUUGAUCUCUCACGUCAUAUGGAUAAACCGAUGUUGCUUUCGGCGGGUGGUGUGGGUGGGAUGGGCAACCCGCACUUCGCGCACCGCGCAAUGAGCCGACCGAAGUUCGCGUCCAGAGGGGAAGGUGGCAAGCGUCUGGAGCUUGAAUUCGAACUCAAGCUUCUUGCGGAUGUUGGACUGGUGGGGAAGCCUAAUGCUGGAAAGAGCACUUUGUUACGCUCAUUGACCAACAGUCGCACACGAGUCGGGAAUUGGGAGUUUACGACGCUUGAACCAAAUAUCGGUACGGUUGUCAUAGAUAAUCACAAGGGAAGACCUCUGGUCGAAUUAGAAGGCCGGAAGCCGCGGACGAAUUUUACGAUUGCCGAUAUACCGGGCCUGGUCGAAGGUGCUCACCUUGAUCGCGGCUUAGGAUUGGGUUUUCUGCGACAUAUCGAACGAGCUGGUAUCCUUGCAUUCGUCGUCGACCUUAGUGCCGGUGAUCCCAUUCAAGGUCUCAAGAAUUUAUGGCUUGAGCUUGGUGAAUAUCAACGCAUGCGUGAAGCAGAACAUGCUUCGAAACUUGAGGAACUUGCAUGGCCUGCACCAGUAGACGAGCUACCGGAUUUCUUCUCGUCGGAGGAAGCGCCAGAACCUACUUUCGUGGUUCCCGAGACUAGUUCCACCAGUCCCAAGCAAGACCUCAAUUCCCUCCCGGAGCUUAAGAUGCCACCGAUCCAUACCAAGCCUUGGUUUGUCGUGGCCACAAAGGCCGACCUCCCAGAGACUCAGGAGCAGUUUCAAGCGCUGCGGAACUAUCUUGCCGCCGUGGAAAAGGGCGAAGCUGAUCACCCGGGUGGACUGCAAGAAGGGUGGAAAGAAAGAGUCUGCGCUGUUCCCGUGAGCGCCAUUAAGGGUGAAGGAGUUGCCCGCAUCCCCCGACUAGUGAUGGAACUGCUCGGUUGAUUAUGUGACUGGCAGAAGCUCAUAUGGACGUCUGUGCAGAUAGUAUGUAGAUCACAGCACGCUAGCUGGCCGGACGCAUGUAUGUAAAUAUAGA